CCUUAACUCAAUCUGACAUCCGAAAUCUUUGCCUCGACGCCAGACGCCAUGGCACAACCAACGAAAAAGCAUCGACCAUGGCGACCAUCAAGGGUCUACUGGGCGUUACAGCCACCCACUCUUUGCUCUCCUUGUAUGAUGAAUGCCUCUCCGUUGCCAAGAAGGAGCAAAGACAGAACGCGCCUUUGCUGACGACAGUCUCGUCCGACUCGUCACAAACACAACAGACGCUCACCUGUGGUGCCACGAAACCAUUGCUGGUACCUCUUUCUCUUCACGAGGCUCAGGCAACGUUACUGGACUUUGACAAGACGCAAUGGAAUGCCCAAUCAGAUCGUCCCAAAUACCUUCCUAUUGGAGUCAUUCGGUCAAUGAGAGUUUUACUACAGCAUUGCAAAACCGCCAAUGACGCUACUACCAAUGACGGUGCUGCGACUACUAGUUCUACCGUGGAUCAACUUGAACAAGCUCUGGGUGAGACCCAAAUAUACUUUACACCACCUCCCCAAAGUAAUGACAAUGAUAGCUACGCCAAACGCAAAUUCCGGGAACGCAUGGAACGAUUGCGACUGCAGAAUGAGGAAACAAACUAUUACAAAAUGACAUCCAAUGUUGGAGGCAAGAAACAGCAGGAUGAUGAUAUCACUACCAAAUCCAUGACCUAUGCUGCAAGCGUAGGACUCAACAUGAUUGUUGCCCCCAUUUCCUUUGGGGUGUUCAUGUUCUUCUUUUCGGGGCCUGUUUUGAGGUUUGUGUGGAAAGAGUUUAAAGUCCUACCUGGAGGAACGGAUAUUCGCAAGGUGAUUAUUGGUGUCAUUUCUGGUGUUGCCAUGCUCUUUAUUGAAAUGAUCCUCUUUGUGAUUCGUACACAUGAAUUGGAUCGGGCAAUGAUCAAAAAACAAAAGAAAAAGGGUACAUCGGUACAGCCUUUUGGGGAGUAUUCAUCUGUCAGCAAAAAGACCUAUGGAAAGGAAGAAUGAACUUUGGUUGCUAGCAAGUAUCCAUGAGGUAAAGACAGAAACAUUAGAAUGCAAGCACUAUCUACCCAAGUGAUUCGAUUCGCUUGUCCAUGUUGCUUUCAAUUCUGGGCACAGUUGAUUGUACGGAGUCUUCCAGGGACCACAAAUUCUGUAGUGAACUACCUACAUGUAGCCAGCAAACUCGAGAUCAGGCGUUGCUAGCCACUCUAGAGACCUCAUAUACCGUACUGUAUUCGAUGGAUUUGGCGGCAUCUUGAACAAGGAUCGGGAAGGUGGGUCGCGAGAUGGCUGCAUCCUCUCCUGAUCUUAUUGCUUCAACAGCUUCCUUGGCUUCCCUGCCAGGCGACGUUCCAGUGUCCACAACACCUCAUCCAUCCAUCCUUGCAACGUCAAUCUUUAGAAGGCGAAGGCCUUUUGCUUUUCUCCGAUGGCGGCGGGGAAUGGCUCAAAGUCACCGGUAUAUAAGCCAUAUCAACAGCAAUAAACUGUAUCGGUACUGGCUCGGCUCUUUUGCAUUGUUUUGUAGCCCACAAAAAUUAGUUUCUCUUCAAGCAAUUUGUUUUAACGAAAAUGUGUUCCAAGGUCUCUUGUCGUAAUUGCGGAAAAGCAACGUGGGUGGGGUGCGGCAUGCAUGUCAGUAGUGCCCUUCGUGGUGUCUCGACGGAGAAACGAUGUCCUAAUUGGGCCCAAGGCUCAAGACGACCUUGCAGCAGCUAGGGAGGAGGAACCCCGGUAAUGAGAGUGAUUUUCAACAUGGAAGACUGGAAACUGAUGUGCCAGAUCAAACCAAACUUAGCAAGGUCAAGAUCGAGCUCAGAAAGAUUCCAACGUGAUUCAUUAUCAUCAAUUACGAUGCUUCGGGCCUCCCAGCAGUUCUAUCCAGCCACAACUUGUUAGAUAGCAAUUUAUAGUCACUGAUAAGUCACUACAUAGAGA